CUAUAAAUAAGCUAUCCUGCACUCCCAUCUCACCAUUACUACUUUUCAAACAAAAAUUCCUAGACUCUGUAAGAAUCUGCAUCUCCGCCUUUGAUGGCCACCAAGGUCCUUCCUACAAAGCUGCUCAAACGCCUCACCCUCUUCACUAGGCCUCUCGUCACCUCCUCCUCCUCCACCUCCUCCUCCUCCUCCUCAUCCAUUUCCGCCAUUCCAUCCCUCACCUUGACCCAAAAACCCGAACCCACCACCAUCAUUCCACCAUCUACCCUCGACCUCAAGGAUCACCAAAAACUCUUCGCUACCCUGUCCUCCAAAAAACUCUUACAUGCUUCUCUUAUCCUUCACAUGGCUGCUAUGGAUCCGGUGGUUGAUUUUGGCAUGUGGGUUAUGAAUUCUAAGCUGAUGGGUAUGGAUAAUAUUGUACGUGAUCUUAUAUUUAGGGCUGUAAGGCAUACUUUCUAUGAACAUUUUUGUGCUGGAGAAAAUACUGUGGAGUUAGCCAACUGUAUGAAGAGACUCAAUGAGUCUGGUUUAAGAGGGAUGCUGGAUUUUGCUGUGGAGUUUACAAGCGAUAACGAUGCCUGUGAUCGAAAUUUUCAUGGAUUUCUCGACACCAUUGAAACAGCCAAGACCCUCCCUCCAUCUUCUGUGAGCUCAGUGGUUGUAAAGAUCACUGCAAUUUGCCCCCUCAACUUGCUUGAGCGAGUUAGUGACUUAUUAAGGUGGCAAGAAAAAGAUCCUUCUUUCAAUCUUCCAUGGAAAGAUAAUACAUUUCCAAUUUUCUCUGAUUCUAGCCCUUUAUAUCACACACUCAAAAAACCAGAUCCAUUAACUCCAGAAGAGGAGCAACAUCUCCUCUUAGGCCAGCAGAGGCUACUGAAACUAUGCCAAGCAUGUGUGGAGGCCAACAUUCCAUUAGUCAUCGACGCAGAGCACACCACAGUUCAACCUGCCGUAGAUUACUUUACAUAUUCAUCAGCAAUCAAGUGUAACAAAGAUGAUAACCCUAUUGUCUAUGGAACAAUUCAAGCCUACUUGAAAGAUGCAAAAGAGAGAUUGUUACUUGCAACUAACGCUGCAGACAAGAUGGGAGUUCCUAUGGGGUUCAAGCUGGUGAGGGGUGCUUAUAUGUCAAGUGAAAGAAAAUUAGCCUCUUCCUUAGGCUACCAAUCUCCCAUUCACAAUAACAUUCAGCAAACACAUGCUUGCUACAAUGACUGUGCUUCUUUCCUGCUUGAGUCGAUCACUAAUGGCUCGCAUGGAGUCAUUCUUGCAACCCAUAAUGUUGAGUCAGGGCGUCUGGCUGCGAAAAAAGCAGAGGAUUUGGGAAUUGCAUAUUGGAACAAAAAGCUCGAGUUUGCACAGCUUUAUGGAAUGGCAGAAGCACUUUCUUUCGGUUUAAGAAAUGCAGGUUUUCAAGUCAGCAAGUAUAUGCCAUUUGGACCUGUGGAGACGGCGAUACCAUACCUUCUGAGGAGGGCAGAAGAGAAUAGGGGACUUUUAUCUGCUUCAGGCCUUGACAGAGAACUCACCAGGAAGGAGUUGGGCAGAAGGCUAAAAGCUGCUAUCCUCUGAAUUGAAGUGAUCAAAGUCGGUGGCUAUGGGCAAGACCAUGGUCCUAAAUUUGGGAAUAUUAUUAUAUAAUAAAUUGCAACUGAACUCAGCUUCUCUUUAAUAUGAUUUUCCUUGUUUCAAAGCACUUCAUUAUUUCUAGAAUAUCAAAUAAUUACCCCGAUUGAUCUUCUCCAAUUUGUUAAAUGAUAGUAGAGAAAUCUUUUCUUC